GCAUUAUGUUCGUCUCUCUCGCCCCCCGCGUCUCCUUCCUUCCUGUAUCCACAUCGGUCACCGGCUCACCGCCGACCCGCCGUGUCCUCCCCUUCGGAGUUCGGUCUCGCCUCGUGGUUGUCCUUUCUUUCAAGACGACGCAGCUCGCAGCUGUUAGGGUCGCCAUUCGUCAAGGCGAGCGAUGGACUCAUGGACCUGUGGCGGCAUCGGCGAUAAGGCAACAGCACGUGCAUCGGGGCUACUGCGGCGAUGCAUUGCCUUCUCCCUCGCAUUGGUGAACUGGCAUCGCCACACCUCUUUGCCACGGUUCGGCGCAGGGGUGCAAGAGAAGGCGUGCGGCCAUGCUGCUGUAGUGGUUGGCGCUUGGCGGCAUCCGAAGCUGAGGAGCUCCAGCGGCGUCCCUGCAACAGCCAACGCAUGGCGCACAGUGCGAUGGCUGUGGAUUGCAUCUGCUACUAAUACCAUUCGGACUACAUCAGUAAUGGUGUUUGGGAAUCUGGGAUCUAUGAAUACAUUUAAGUGAUUGAGCUAAAAGGUACUCUUGAGUCUUGAGGCAGUUUAGACAGGUACUAUUUUUUCACUCCCUGAAAUUCCCUUCCUGAAUAUGUGUUUCAAAUUAUUUAUGUUUUUAUUGAGCAUCCCGUGCUCAAGGUUGCUGCAUCUAGAAAAAGGACUCUCGACGCUGUUUAGACAGGUAUUAUUUUUUGAAAAAGGACGAUGUGUCUUGCUUCCGCAUGGAACAAUGCAUACAAUAAUCUUAUCGAAGUUCUGAGUUUAACUAGUACAAAAGGUCAAGUCAUGCUGGACGGAGUAACAAAAAUGAAAUUGUUUGGCCAAAGGAAUUGGAAAUCUACUUCUUGCUAGACCAUUAGUGUGGUGUUCCAAGCUUACUGCGAGGACAUGGGCACUAAAAUCCACUUCGCUUCUGUCGCUCAUCCAAGGAGGAACGGGCAAGUGGAGUGCGCCAACGCAGAAGUACUGUGGGGGCUCAAGACGAGAACUUUUGACAAGCUCAAGGGUCACGAGAAACACAGGGUUGAAGAACUCCAGU